UUCUACAUUGUAAAGGAGUCAGGUUAAGAAACAGUGGAGUCUUCAUUUAUGAGCAGUGAUGUACAACGGUAGUUAUUCUCAGGUCAGUUAUGGCUUGGCUGCCAAGAAGAUACACAAGUCUAAAGGCAAGAGCUGUGGUUACUACAUGAGAAUUGUCUUCUUUUUUUCCUCGCUCAUCCAGUCUUUGAUCAUUGCGAGUUUGGUGCUCUUUCUUGUGUACGGGCAACCCGAGCACACUGUGGAGGAGAAGAGACUGCAAGAGUUGGACCAAACUGUGGGCAAACUCACUAUGGAAAAUUACGUUCUCCGUGAGAAGGAAAAGAACCUGACAAAAUACUUAAACAUCACUCUUACUGUCAAGAAGGCCAAUGACAAAGAUCUGUUUGAAUUACGCAGACUGGCAAAUAUUUCAUCUGCAACAAUAAGAAGCAUACAUAUAAAAAUGUCUCAGUGUGAGAUGGAGAAAAGAAUGCCUUCAGCAGCUCGCUCAUUUAGUCCUACAUUCUGUCCAGAUCCAAAUGAAAGCAACAAACAAUUGCGACUUAUGCUACAGCAGUCAGCAGAAAUGCUGAAACUGGUAAAAGCCAACUUCACUCAGAAGAUGGACUACAUGAAAACCGAGUUAGAAAACUCCAACAAAGGCAAGGAUCAGUAUCAUCUAGAUGCGAUUGAACUAAGACGAGACAAGGCUUAUCUUCAAGAGGAGCUCAAACUGUAUCAAAAGAAGUGCAAAGACGAUUUUGUCGCAUCUUUACAAGGAAUCCCCAACGUCACCAAGGAAUUUCUCAAAAGAAUCGACGACCUGUUUUCAAAACACAUUUCUUUCCAGCUUACGUGUGAUAAGCAAAAACAUCAGCUCGAAAACAUUCGUGAAAACUGUAGCAGCCUGUCAAGAGAAGUUGAGAGCAAGCUCCAGUCGUAUCUGGAUGUAGUGGGGAACCAGUUCACCAAUAUUAACAAAGAGAACUCCAAAUACGUGACAGAGAACAAACGUUUCCGAGAGGAUGCCGACUGGUGCAAUCAGAAUCGCAGUGAGAUGGUUCGAGAGAAUCGCAGGGUUCUUGAGCAGAUUCAGUUAAAGCAUGAUCAAGAAACUAAACAACUGCUGCUGGAGAGUAAGAAAUUUAAAGGAGAAAACCGGUUGAACGAAGAUUUGCUGUCUGUGAAAGAGAAUAAAAUUAAAAUGCUUCAGGAUAUUGUCAACACUCUCAAUACUUCACUUGUCAGCUGUAAGCCACCAAAGCCAUACCCCUUCGGUAUGCCAAACAUACCAAGUGCUGGGUCUAGCAUGAGUUGGGGCAGUUUAGGAUCCUUUGGCAUAUCUCAGAGCGGUCCAGGAUCCAGUAGAACGGGUAUAAGCCAGACAGGGACAAGUAAUUUGGGUGGACUUGGAACGGGGUUUGGUAGUGCUGGCUCAAGUGCAUCCUCAACUGGAAGUAUGGGAUCAGGUGGAACUGGAUCAAAAGCAUUCAACAGCGCUGCAUCAAGUGGAGCUGGGGUGAGCAUACCAGGGGCAACAGGUGUGGGUUUUGGCUCAGCCGGGUCUAACACACAUGGAUUUGGGAUGAGUGUUGGCGGAGUAAGAACAGGCGGGAGUGACAGUGCACUGUUAAACCAAGCACAGAUAAGCCUCCAUCUGCGGGAGUUGCAUCGAUAUUCAGUUCCAUCUUAGGAGAGUUUAAAUCAUCUAUAUAAAGACUGUUCUAAGAAUUGUUUGAAAUCUCAAUGUACUCACCCUGCAAGUCUUUAAUGUUAGGCUAUUUACUCAUUUUCAACAUGAACAUUAUUAAUUGUUAUUAUUAAUCAUAUAUUGUGAAAUAGAGUGGAUUUUUGUGCGUUGAAAUCAUUUAUGUUUGUAUGUAUUUUGUAAGAUAUUUAUAGAAACCAAUAACUGAAAUUAUAAGUUACCUGUACAAUUGGGUAUAGUCUUUUAGGCAGUAUUUAAGUGUAAAGUUAAAUAUUUUUAUACGGUCUGUCCCUCAUUAUACCUGAAUAUCAAAUAAAAGGGAAAUAUACCAUA